GGCGGAUUGUCUGAAGCCAGAGGACUGGAAGGAUCGCAGACCAAUACUAUUAUUACGUUGUUUCCGGCCAGCACAAUGCGGCUGCAGCCAAGGCGCUGCUUGGUACCGACGUCGCAUUAAGGUACAACUUCGAGAGGUGACCUGCACGUAUGGUUUACUUCUCGGACGAGGAGUUCAAAGGGUAUUUUCUGGUCAGCUCGGAGGACAACAAGAAGGACUUGAAGGCGCCUCCUAGACAGCUGAAACUAUCAAUGAAGGACAUUCGGUGGCAGUGGAAGGAUAAGGGUUUCCCAAAGGCUGUUAUGGGGAACCCGAGCGGAAAACAAGCUCAGGUGCAGAAAUGGCGUGAGUUAUGUGCGCAGGCGCUUCACAAGACGCCUUACAACCACUUGUGGAUUCUCGCUGUUGAGAAGGGUGAGGACAAUAUUAAGAAGCAAAACGUUGCCCUUCGCUCUUAUUUUCCGCAGGUGAUGGCUGGAAAAAGUGCGUGGGAACUGGGUAUGGAAUUCUUCGAGAAAUGGGAGACGUGGAGACUUCUGGCACCCGAGGGGGCGAAGUGGAUCACAAAGAAAAGGAAAGUGAAGGACGUCAGGCCCGGCGUUAGCCACAUCGAAAACGAGAAGUUGGGGCGAAAGGAGGUCGUCUACAACGUCCCCGUCGAGGCGCCCCAAAAGAAAGGAAAGAGGAGAAAGAGCCUGGCGAUUGGUCUGUCCAAGUCACCGAGCCGGAUCCGCACUGCUGGAAGAGCAUGGAAGCCCUUACCGACAAUGAGAAAUGCCGACUCCGCUUCAUUGGCGAAGCAAAGGAAGCUGGGAGUGCAGGAAGCUGUGCACCUGCUGAAGUGCGACCGCAUUUUGGUGCGAUUGUGGAACUACUACCAGUUUAUGGACGAGAACCGGGCGGAUACGGACUGGACACGUGCGUAUCCCUUCCUGAAGAAGCGGGAGGCGAUUUUGGUGGAGUUCGAGAAGCAGGGAAUGGAUGCCGCGUUGUGGGACGGGAGCAGGAAGCUCGUCGGUGACGCCUCACUAUUCAAGGAUUGCCCGCCGUACAUGGGGUGUGAGGACGACAAAACGAUUAAGGCGAUGGAAAAACUCGCCCUCAACAAGAAGUUGUCCGCCGACUGGAAGAACAAGGUCCUCUCCGUGUUGAUCGGCAGUAAGGCGAAGAGUAUGGAGGUCGCGCUUGCAGAAGGCGUGGUGCACGUUCUGUGGAAAGACUCGGGGGACGUGACAUCCAUCGCCCCGUUCGGCAUUGACCUUCUGGAGGCGCAGAUGAGGGUCACGGAGUUGGAGAAAGCGGUUGGGACCACCAAAUGCCACACGUGCGUUCUCGAUCUGUGCGAGCCGGUGGACUUCAAACAUUGGACGCCGAAAGCUUUUGAGAGUUUGAAUUCCCUACUAGAGCAAUUGUUUCCGUCACACUGGACGGUCGUCGCUUUCGUCCCUCGGCAGUGGGACUACUCCUUCAUGACCAGCCUGCGCCAUCUGCCCGUUGUGAAGGCAAUGGCAGGGACGCAGCAGAAGAAAAGUGACGAUUUGCGGGAGAAUACUUGUGUCGUCUACGAUGCUAGGUUGUCGGCAGAUGACGCUACAGCUGUCGGGAUACAUCAGAAAGUGACCCCGACAGACAUAUCGGAGACUCCCUUCGACCCUUGCAAGUGGCCGUCGACCAUGCCUGGAGUUGACAGGAAGGUCUACAAGGACGUGGAGCGGAACCCCACACAAUUGACCCAUCUGCUGGAAUUUGUGUGCAAGAAGGGGGAGGGCGUCAUGUUCCUUGGCAAGCCGCACGCGCGAGUCGUGUGGGAGGUUUUGAAGCGCGGCCGACACGUGGUCGCGCUGGAAGGGAAUUCUGAGUUGUUGCAAUACCCGUUGGAGUUCCUCAAAAGGGAGGUCAACUCUGGAGGCAACCGUUGCGAGUUCGUUUCAAGGAGUGAAAAACCAACACUCGUUCGGAAACCGUCUACGAACAUGUGGUUCAAGUUGAGCGAGCGGAAGAGGAACAGGAUCUACGAGUUCCUCUUUUUGGAAACACGGCCCAGGAGGGACAAUGACGUUGAGUACAUGCGUCGUAAGGAACACAUGUUAGCAUUGCUGGACAACUACCACGAUGCUUCACGCAAGAAUGUAAAGAACUUCCUCGACCGGCUGGAGUGUUUGUACUUCGUGGAGUCCGAGCUGGUGCUGAAGCUCGAGAGUUAUGGUGCCUUGAUCUCCACUGACAACGAGGCGGAGACAGGUGUUGUUUUCGACACCACUACGCCGGAGGAGGACAACGACAGCGAGGACAUCGACAUCGAUUACCAUCCUGCUCUGGUGUUUCAUGCCCCAGGCACCUUGUCGGCCACUCCCUCACCAAGCCAGGCCACCCAGGCGUCGCCUGUGCUCACGUUCACCCCGGGUAAGACCCCGAGUAAGCUGGCGGCGAGACUGACGCCUCAGCCUGCCGCCCCGCCUCCAUUGCGUCCCGGGAGUUUGGUUCCGCUGCAUCAUCCUUCUCGCAAGGAUGAUACCGUUCACUUCGAAGGGCUCGACCGCACUCGAUCGAGCGAGGCGGACUGGGGCCAUGACAUGAUUUGGCACCUGGGAACUAUCCAGCCGGCAAUCCAGAAGGGCGAGUGGAUCAUGGCCCUCAUCAACAACCAAGGGUUGUGGGAGCCAUACCCGAGUCUGUCCAAGGCUGAGUACCUGAAACUCGCGAGGAUUUCGGUGGUCGACAGAGUGAGGUCUGCAAAUCCCAACCUUCAACCCGCCGACCCGACCAUCGAUUCCAUUGUUGAACUUUUGUUUCAAGAACUUCAGGAUAAGCAGUGGUUGGAACUCUCGGACGAUUUCUACGACCUCGACACGAGCCCUUCGACGGGACGGGUGGACUGGAAGGUUCGCCCUGCGACCGGGCCACAGGGUAGUUCGAGGGGGGCGGGGGGCGGAGGGGGGGGAGGCGCAACUGGGGGGGGAAGCGCAGAGGGGACCGCCGCCUUGGGUGAGGUUUCGCCUCACCAGGAGGCCACGUCAAGGAAAGGCGGUGGCGGUGAUGAGGGGGAGAACAUUGCAGGACAGCCGAUUGCCAGGUCCGGUAAGGGACCUGUGUCAAAGUCCGUCGGAAUCCGGACUACAUUGACUGAGGCACCGGGUGUAAGUGGAGAACCCGCUGACCACGAUGAGCCGAAGUCCGCCCGGAUCCGGACUUCUUCAGAAAGGGCUCCAAAGGCAAGGAUUAUCGUGCCGACGGGAGGGGCUACGCACAUUGGGGCAGAAGAGCGGGCCGCGGGAUUCGACAUGGUUUUGAGAGAAUUUCGUGAAUGGCAUUGUAGGGACGGAGGGGAAGAAGGGGAAGAAGGGGAAGAAGGGGAAGAAGGGGAGGAAGGAGAGAAAGGGGGAGAAACGGAGUUAGUUCUAUUGAGUGAAGGAGAAGAGGGUGAAAAGGGGAUAUCAUUAAUUGAAGGCGACGAACGGUUGGGCAAUGAGGAGGAUUCCUACUGUGGGGAGUCGUCUGACUCGUUCGGGCAACCUUUACACGGGCCAUCCGGGGCCUGAUGUCGACUACGAUGGGAUGACAAUGGAGAUGGAGACGCAGGUGGUCAGUGACCUGUCAGCAGACCCUGAAGAUUAUGAGGUUCAACCGUGUACGGCUGCAGUCGAUCUCCAACACCGCUGCGAUGAGGUUUCCGCUGCUGUGAGCCCAGCUCAACGAAGUCAACAAUUGAGCGUUGUUGAAGUUAUCGAUGGGAUACUCGGCGACAAGCAGGUAACUGGGCAACGGUCUUCAGCGCCUGUCCUGGACGACCGCCACAACGUCACACCUUCCGUACCCUCUGCCACCAUUUUCUCACCACCCGCCUCUCCGAUACUGACAGCCACCUUAGCCAGCAGUCGGGAGGGCGAUCUCGGGGGCCGACAACAUGUCACGUCCCCGAAAAGAUCUAGGGUCGGCACUCAAGCUCUCGAUGUGCUGGGCUUGCCCGCGCCAACGUCGUCGACGAAGGACCGAAGGGAUAAAGCGGCCAGUAAGCA